GAAGGAUCGACGAUUGUUAUUCUAAUACCUCGUGUUAUACACAUCCGUUUUCACAUCCCGAGAACGGAAUGACGAGCGACGUUAGGAAUUGAACGUAAUUCUUAACCACUCCUCCGUUUCAUCGACGCGUAUACGUAUGUAGGUAACGCGAGUACACGCGGUCUCUAUUUAGGAAGCGAUGAAAAAGACGAUCAAGAAGCACGGAUAGCAGUGAAUUUCUUGGCAACGAUAACGAUAGCAUCGUGACGACUUAUCGUGUCGGCUCCGCUACGAAAUACCGCGAUAUUCGAUCAAUACGAGAGAACAGCUAGGUAGAGAGUAUUCGUAUUCGACGAGUACGUGGUGUACACUGUACACGCGUUUCAUUCCCGUCUACACAAGCAACGAGGGCUGCUGUUGCGCCGAUGUGUUUGGCGGUUUAACCGAACCAGCAGCCGAGCAGCAAUGGAAAAACGGAAAGGACAAUUCCUGAGCGGGGAGAGAACGAGGAUAAAACGCACCCGUAUACCUAGCCGGGUGGCUGGAACCCGGUGGAGGGGCAGAGAACGAGGCAACGGGAUUCUAGCUACCUGAGAAACCUUCGGGAAAGUGGGCUAAACGCAUCGUGACACGGACUUAACCGUCUCCUAUGUCGUGCGAUUCGUCUGCGAAACUUGCGAAUUACGAACGAGACGAUCGCUCGUUAAAGAAAAGGAAACGAUCGCCAAAUAUGUAACACGUUAUUUAACGCGUCAAGUGUGGGAUUCUCCUUUUUCAAACUUUUCUAUAUCGCGACGCGGAUCGAAUACGUUUACGUACCGUAACGACUGUGCGAGCCACGUCUCGGUUUGUCUCGUGUAAUUAUGACAUCGUGCCGUAACAUCGCGGAAGAUCGAAAGAAUUUAAUUAGAUUGCGAUGAGUUUACAUUGUAUACAAUAGAUUGUAUAAAAGUUCACUGAUGAGUUGUUACGGGACAAGUAGAGAUCCCGUACGUUAGAAGUUGAUCCGCGCCUACUUUGAUAAACACGAUGAAAAGGAGCAAAGAUAUGGUCCUUAUUUGUAACGAAGGUUCGACACCGUCACGGGCAGUAGUUCGGUACAACAAUAAGAAAAAUGUCGGGAAUGGGUAAAAGGACUUACCUCCGCGAGGUAAAUCCCUAUCUUAUUUGUCCGUUGUGCAGAGGCUACCUCAUAGACGCGACCACCGUUGUCGAGUGUUUGCACUCGUUUUGCAGAAGUUGUAUUUUAAAGCAUCUCAACACGGAAGCCCACUGCCCUUCUUGCAAACAUGUUCUCAACAAAGCGAAGCCAAACAUCAAGGCUGACAAAGCGUUACAAGAUAUCGUGUACAAAUUGGUCCCCGGAUUAUACCACAAGGAGAUGCGGAAAAGAAGAGAGUUUUAUAAAAAGCAUCCGGAGCACGCGGACUUAGCGACUCCCGAACAGCGAGGAGAAGACGUAAGCGGAAGGUUAAUCUUUGCUCCAGAAGAUGCUGUUAGUUUAAGUUUAGAGUAUCUACCACCCGGAGCCGAUCCUCUGACCAUUCUACUCAGCACCAGCGACGAUACUAACAACUCCAACAACCAAAACAGCAAUAGCAAUAAUAACAAUAAUAAUAAUAAUAAUAAUAAUAAUAAUAACAGUAAUCAUGGGACGAAUACGAGUAGCAGGCGGUAUCUUCAAUGUCCGGCACUAGUGACUAUCGCGCAUCUGAAGAAAUUCUUAGCCUUGAAAUACAGUGUCGAUAUGACAAGAUAUGCCAUCGAGAUUUGUCAUCGACGUGCUCCACUGCCCGAACACUGGACUCUUAUGGACGUCGCGUAUAUUUACGCAUGGAAAAGGAAUGCACCAAUGCGAUUCUUUUAUCGAGUAGCGUUGGAGGAGCAGAGAUUAGAGGCACCUCCACACGACAGACCUUCCACGCCUGGUUUGGGCGCGAGUUUACCUCCCGUUGACGCUACCCUCGUAACAAGGGACAAUGCUAACAUGGAAACUAUGGAUAAUAACGUCGAGGCUAGACUAGGAAACAAUCGAGACGAUAUUUCCAGUGAAAAAGUUCGGUCACCGAGCGAACAGCCACGCGUGAAAGUCGCCAAGGAGGCUGAACCGAAGAAGGAACAACCGUUGAGUAACGCAGUGACCUCGACGACCGUCACAUCGACCACGGUUUCGAUAGCAGCCUCGAAGACAUUGUCUACGACCACGACGACCAACACAGUCGCGUCAACCGUAUCGAACGAGACGAACAAACAGGUGAAAACACCGAUCAAGAUACUGAAGAACCCGGAUGGUCGGUACGAGGUCCUGAGAAGUCCGCCCGGUAGCUGGAACUCGAAGGAACAGAACGCUACAAGCAACUCCAGUCCAGAGUUUAGUGUCGUUAGCAUAGGAAAUGGGCAAAACUCGAACGGAGUGAAAAUAACGUUGAAACAGUGUACACCAAAUAAUACCAGUCCGAACAAGCCGAAAGUUAUCAGCAACGUGUUGCUACAUUGUGGUCAGGUGGAGAAGGAUCCGUCUGGUUCGUUGGUCAUUCAACAGUUACAGAGAGACAAGGAUAAACAACAGGCAGAGAAACAAGAGAAGCAAAGACGCAGAGUUACUUUUGUGGAAAGAUCAACUCCCGAGAAAACCACGACCAACAACGUGUUGAAGACCAUACAGAAAAAGCCGGCAGAGCAACAGGAGAAGAAAAGAUUCCUUCAGAGUUUCCAGUUGACUGCCAGAGAACCGGGAUCGGAUACAACACUGGAGUCUAGCUUCGAGUCGAAUAAAGUGAACGUUGUUAACGAAAUUAACGAGGCUUACAAUAAAGGGAACGUUACUCCGAAAAAGGAGCAGGAUAAAGUUGCAACCGAGUCAUCGGGUAGCACGGACAAUGCGAAGAGCAAAAACAAUAGCGAAAACAACAGUGUAAAUUCGACGAGUGUGAGCAAACGUGUAGCAACGAUAAGCGGUCUCGGCAAUACGCGAGUGAACGCGAAUAAACAGUGCAGUGACGUGGAUACGUGUGUAUUGAGUUAUACGAAAAGCAUCAACGCGAAUAACAGCUCUACAAAAGUGGACGUGUACACGUUCUCCAACGACCCUCCCAUAGUUCCAGCAGGAGCGGUAAAGAGGAAAUGCCCGCCUGGAUUGCCUAUCUGCGACGUUAAACGAAAGAGACAGCAUCAGGUUCAAACUCAAAGCGCGAAGAAACAGACUACUACUGCUCCUCCAUCACCUUCUGUACAGACUACUCCAAAAUCGCAUCGGAAACUUGCCAACGAACAGCACGUUAUACCUGCGAAAAGAGCGGCGAACAUGAUUGGAGAAGCUGGUCCUAGUCGAACACCCGUGUCUCAAAGUUCGAAAUCUUCCUCUAGCCCUGUACUCUCGAAUGACACGAGAAACAUACUGGACGGCUGCGGGCUCAACAUUCCCGCCAGUCUGAGUAUCACUCUCACAGCACCCAAGUCUCCAGGUAACAGCGGAGGUAGUUUCCCUGAAGCGAACGACUCGAAAGAUAACCGCAAGAACACACUGGGGAAAGUCAGUCCUAGCAUUACUUUGAACGACAGGUCCGUGGAUCCACGUGUACUGAAAGCGUUGAAAGCUGGACAAAUCAGAAUGCCUGCCCCGCCAAAACCGAGACAGACUAAAUCGGAACGCGAAGGAGGUCAGCAACGACAAGCAACUCCUUCGAAACGAAAAAGAGAGCAAGAUUCGAGGGAUAUAUUGGAUCUUAGCGGAGGAAAGAAAGUGGAUAUGCAUCCGUUGAGAAUACCUCAACCAGUAACGAAACUGAAGGCAAAAUCAACGAUCAGAGACAGCAUGCCAAGUAUUUCGGAUCAAGGGCAAGUUGUGACGUUAAUGGGUGGUCACAGGUACUAUCGAGCACCGCCUGGUUCUUUAACUCCAGCGGCGCAUCGAGUGAGCGAUUGUCCUCUACCUACGCCAUCCCGUACACCGGUCUACGCACCUGGACUUUCUAGUCCUCUAAGUAGCAGCAGAUCGAACACCAAUCUCUCCUCUGUUUUCCCCAGUCUGCAGAGUCUUUACGCUCUGAGCCAAGCACCGAAUCUCCAACAGUUUCAAAUGGACGCGAGACUGAGACUACCUCGACCAGCAGAUUCUUCCAACACCGAUAAUCGAAGCGUAAAUAGCAACGUAACCAGCAAAAGUCAUCUAGCUGCUCAAUGUGCGCCAGUUAAACCUGCCAGAUCAUCUAUAGCACCUCUUGCUGUUCCUAUUACCAAACAGCAACAGCAACAGCAACAGCAACAGCAACAACAACAACCACAGACAAACGAGAAAUCCUCGUCUACCAGUUGUCUAACCAGGCCAGUCACCAGCGAUGCGAAUAAAACAGCCACGUUUCACAACAACGAACCCCUCGAUUCCACCGAGUCCGCGCAACAAUUAUUGUCCGUCCAAACCAAGUACUCACCGGUUACGGAAAGCGACAAUCGAUUUUCGCCUCAAAGUUCCAACAACAGCACCGCGAUCCUCGAGAACAAAACGUCUACCGAUGAAAGCCACGAUUCCAACUCGGAGACGAGUAACGAUGCUAGAAAGGAACCGGAUAAUUCGUCGCGACAGACACCUAAUCGCGAAGCAGCCAGCCCUAGGGUAUCCUCCACGGCCUCUCCAUCUCCACCGCCUGCAGACAACAACGCGAACACGACCAACAGCGAAAACUCUAAUAAUCGUAAGGACAAUACGAGCACAGCCUCGAACGGCAUCGACAACGAUCUACCCGCACCCAGUCCAACGAAAAAUAUGGCUGCUGAGGUAUCGAGCAGCAAAUCACCAGCUAGCCCGGAUUCUAGCUCGGUAACCAUCGAAAGUCCUUCCAGCAAGAGCUGUGCCACGGUGGAACAAGCAUUUCCUUCUCCAUCUGCCGCGUCAGAAGCGGCAAAGACUUUGGAACACUCGACGAAAGCCGACAACAACGUCGUCGUCGUCGUCGAAGACUCGACGAAUGAGAACGAGAACGAGAACGAGAACGAGAACGAGAAUGAGAAUGAGAACGAGAACGAAAACGAGAACGAGAACGAGAACGAGAACGAGAAGAAGGCUUCCUUCAAGCAUAUAGACGCGAAACAAUUGACCUCGGAAAUGUUUCAAAAACGAUUGUUGGCUGCGUUCCCUUCCAACGAGUGGGCUAACAAUCCGGUAGCCGCCGAACAUCUUGGGAAUUUUUUAAAAAGUUUAAACGCGUCUAUCAAAUCGGACACUAACAAGUUGGAUAGCUUGAAAUCGGAGAAGAUCGAAAGUGGCCAACUAGCGUGCAACGAACCGACUCGUUUGAAUAACGAAGCUUCGUCAAAGCCGCGGACGGACGUCGUCGAAUAAUUUACCAUCGUAAAUUAUAAAUAAGAUAGCUACAUCACUGCCAGAUACUAACUGUAACGUUAUCGAAUGACUUUUAGCGUGAAUGUAUGACCGAUUUGUGUAACUAUCUGAAAAGAUUUUCUAAUAGAAGGCGGCCGUACGCGCGUCGUACGAUACAGGGAAAAUAAAACACAGCACGGACACGCUGGUGACAUUAUUUUUUCAAAUUUUUUAAGAACACGCAUAUUUCAUGAACUUUCAUCCGUACGUUGUUGCUUACUCGAUAAUUAGCAACGAUUCUACGAGUAGUCGCUCGAUUUUUACAAGGGAUCAUGAAAUUUUUCUUUCCGUACGAACGAACGAUACAAAGAGUGUUACGGGAACCAUUGGGUUCAUGAUUUCCAUUUGCGUGAAAGAAAUAGAUAAUCGUUCCUACCUCGGUCCACGUUAGAAAUACGAAAAAGUACCUCGCAUCGUGUUCGAAUCUGAUACCGUGAUUUAUUUGGACAAAUUAUUUAUACUUAAAUAGUAUAAUGAAGCACAACGAAAAUUUAUUUUAGACGAUACGAAUUUGCUUUCCUAUUCGCUCUACAGGUAACAGAGUAUGAUACGUGUACGUAACGAAAAACAUAGGGACCGAAAAGUUGAGAGAGAAAGAAAAUUAGAAAUACAAUUAAUCGUAUUAUGUAUGAGCGAUAUAUAUAUAUACAUACAUGGUAUAAUGUUAGGUAUUUUUAUUUACUUUGCGUUACGUUUCACUAUUAGUUACUACUAUGUAUACGUUGUAUGAUAAUUGUUACGUUAUGCGACUGUAUUAUAUACAACUGUAUUAUUUCUUUAUCUGUAUAUAUUUAUAAUUAUACUAGUGCGUCGUUUUUUUGCGGGAUGUACGCAAAAUCCUAUUACUUUUUAAGCUCAAAAUCAUUCAAUUCGAAUCGAUCAAAGUUCGUGUAAAAUUAAUUGAAACCAAAAUUUUUCGAAUAUAGCUGUAUGAAUGUUAAUUUUCAACAACAACAACCUGACAUGUAAUAACGAAAGAAAAUAUCAUUAUAUACUUAAACAUGAAAUUGUUAUAAUUCUUUAUAUUUAUUCCAUAUCGAAAAUAUUUCGCGCACAUUCGAACGUUUGAAAUGAGGCAGCCAUUUAUUUCUGUAAUGGCGGCGUAUUGCAAGGACACGCCGUUUCGAAUUGAAUUUUUGCAUGAUUCGUAAUAAGUGUAAAGAUAACACUUACCAAUUUGCUGUGGAUUUGAGUUCGUCAGCAGUAGCAGGAAGAUUAAUGUCUCUGUAACAGAAAAUAAUAGAGUAAUAUUAGAAAAAAAUGAUUUUUUGUAAGUUUCGAAGCAUCAACGCUUGAACGUGCGUCACGAUUUUGGAUUAUGGAUGAAAAAAGUUUGUUUCCGGGACAUAAGAUGUAAAAAAUACAAUACCUUGAAUGUUAAGCAACGUAUCUUCCUAUCUUGAAUUAUAUGUCACCACUUUGCACUACUUUUAAAA